UGGUAUUAGCCACUAACAAAAAAACUGCCAAGAAAAACAGUUCAGGAUGAGGCCGACAAUGAGCCAAGGACUUGCCUUUCGAAUGAAAUGGAAUUGAGCAAUCAAAUAAUUAUGCAAUUCUGCCAUCCUUUUAUGCUAUUACUCUGGCUAACUGAAAAUCCUACGGAAUAGGAAGUUAACUGAGAUUCUUAAAAUGCAAUCCCUGCUCAGUGUGAUAGGAGAAAAUGGUGGUUGAUGCAGGAUUCAUUGGAUUAGCAGGUGCAGAUUACAGUAAGAGAAUGGGAUAUGAUAUUGAGCGAUUUGUAGGCUAUGUAAACGAAGGACUGCUGUGUUGCAUCUGCCGAGAUGUGUUGGAGAAUCCUUUACAGGCUCCAUGUGAACAUGCCUUCUGCACAUCAUGUAUCCAUGGGUGGCUUGUGCAGAACCAUAAUUGUCCAGAAGAUCGGCAGGCUUUGGAUAUAUCCAUGCUUCGACCCCUAUUUAGGUAUAUGCGAAAUGAUUUGAAUCGCCUUCAGAUUUGGUGCAAAAAUAGACAACAUGGUUGUGAAACAAUAUGUUCUUUAGAAGUUAUUGACAGACAUGAACGAGAGUGUGAAUACAGCCAAGUUCCUUGCUUAAAUGCUGGUGGAAUUUACAUGUGUUAUGGAUGUGGUUGUACUGUUCAGGUAGAACGACGCAACCUGGAAUCUCACUUGGCGGUGUGUGAAUAUCGAAGUCGCGAAUGCCCAAAUGGAUGUGGCUAUGCUAUUCUCAGUGCUGAUGAUGUACAGCACAACUGUAUCGCAGAAUUGAGGACAGAACUAGAAUUGCUCAGGUCUGAGAUGAUUUGUAAAGUUGAAGAAGUAAGGCAUGAAAUGGAGUCCCGUUUAGAUUCUCAAAGAAGACACAUGGUACAGAAAGAAAGUCUUCUGCAAAACGAAAUUGAAGAACUUAAAAGUCAGAUGUCACGUGUGAUGUCAGAUAUGCGGAGACUUGUGGCAGAAGAAAGACAGCAUCGUCAGGAACUGGAACAAGCAGAACUUGAGAAAAGAGAACUGAUGGAGUUGUUGAAAAGCUUGCAUAAAGAAAACAAGCUUACCACAGGAGAGGGAAGUAGCAAAAGAAACACUAGUACCAGACCCCUCAAUCGACUGGAAAGCAUAAAAAGGAAACCCAAGGAGGUCACUGUUAUCUAAGAAAUGAAACUCACAUUUCAGUCAUUAUCUGCUGAACUUCUCAGAAGACCUUACUUCAAGAAUUGCUGCCAGAUGUCCACAAGUACUAAAUUCGGGGUGAUGUUAUGGAACGUUUCUUCAUUAGUCAAAGUUCUUAAAUUAUGCAGAUACACAUUGUGACUUUGCAACUACAUCUCCUGUCUCAUCACAUUUUCCCAACUGAACAGAAACAAAGCGAGGAGCAAUCACUGAUUUCUGUCACUCUGUCAACGAUUGGAUCAACUAUUGUAUUUGCACUUUAACCAUAUAGCCUUUUAAAAAGCACUUAUUUUAGGCAAAAUGUAGUUAAUCUGAGUUUAAAGAAGCAAGCCACCACAUUGAAACAAAGUGAUACAAUAUACUUAGUUGGUGUUUAAAAUAAAGAGUUAUGCCAAUUCA